AUGAUGGAUGAAGCUGCUGCUGGUCAUGAUGUGGAAACCAAGGCCUCUACUUUAAUGGCAAGUGUUGAUCAUCUUCCCCGGUUUGGAUCCGGGUCUGGUCAUGGUCAUGAUCAUGGGUUAUCGGCGUCUGUGCCUCUUCUGGGUGUUAACUGGAAGAAGAGAAGGAUGCCCAGACAGAGACGAUCGUCUUCUUCCUUUAACCUUCUCUCUUUUCCUCAUAUGCCUCCUUCUUCUUCCCACGUGCCAGCUCCUCUUCCCGCACGUAAAAUAGACACAAGAAGGCUAAGAUUCCUCUUCCAAAAGGAAUUGAAGAACAGUGACGUCAGCUCUCUCCGCCGGAUGAUACUCCCCAAGAAAUCAGCGGAGGCUCACUUGCCGGUGCUGGAAUCCAAGGAAGGGAUACCUAUGACAAUGGAAGAUAUGGAUGGUCUUCACGUUUGGACCUUCAAGUACAGGUACUGGCCUAACAACAAUAGCAGAAUGUACGUGCUAGAAAACACAGGCGACUUUGUGAAUGCUCAUGGUUUGCAGCAAGGUGACUUCAUCAUGAUCUACCAAGAUAUCUACUCUAACAAUUACGUGAUACAAGCAAGAAAAGCAUCUGAAGAAGACAUAACCAACGUCGAAGAAGACGACGACGUCUACACAGACUUAACAAGGAUUGAAAACACUGUGGUUAACGAUCUUGUCCUCCGAGAUUACAGUUAUCAUUACAACAAUGGAAAAUGUUCUCAGUAUUAUCCCGUCAUCGAUGACGUCACCCCGACCACAACCACCGCCACGACGUCUUUCGUCUACGACACGACGGCUCUAACCUCCAACGACACUCCUCUCGAUUUUUUGGGUGGACUCUCGACGUCGACUAAUAAUUAUUAUAACUCCAAGUUUGGAUCAUUCGACGUCGAUAAUAUCUCUCUCGAUGACUUCUACUAG